UCUCCUCUCCUGUGAUUGGCUGACGCCUGUUGCCUGUUGGAUAAAAAGCAGCGGAGAGGGCAGGGAGAUGAGGAGGAGCAGCACUCUGCACAUUGCACCAGGGACUCUGGAGUGAAAAACAAAAAGUGUCAUCGCAUAACCAUGACAGGGAAGGAGGGAGUUGUGCUUUCAGACACCGAGAACAAACAGAAAUCAGCUUCUCAAACCAGCGUGAACCACGGGGGAUCCCAGCAGCCGCCUCCUGUCUGGAAGAUGGCCCCCACUGUGCACCGGCGCACAGGUUUUGGGAUCCAGGAGCUGCUCGGCCUCAACAAGGAGCCGCCGGCGGCACCGAGGCGGCCGCUGGAGGCUCUGCCGCACAGGGCGCACGUCCUGGCCGCAAGGUCGGCCCUCGGUCACGGUGGGCUCGGGGUCGGCAUGGGUUUGCUGGGACCAGAGGGAAUACACUCGUUUUAUAGUCAGCCUGCUUUUCUGGAGGUGCUGUCAGAGGCGCAAAAUGUGCACCUGCAGCCUCUGCACAGAGCGGCGCACAUGGAGGCGCAGAUGGAUGCACAGCACUCCGCCAGCUCCGAUUCUGACGAUAUGAGUUUCUCCUCCGGUGAUCAGAAAUUCUCAAAAUCAUCCCUGAGUCAGAGCAAGAAAAGAAAGAAACGACGACACAGAACCAUUUUCACGUCCUAUCAGCUGGAGGAGCUGGAGAAAGCUUUUAAUGAAGCUCACUACCCUGACGUAUACGCCCGAGAAAUGCUCUCCAUGAAGACUGAGCUACCAGAGGACAGAAUACAGGUGUGGUUUCAGAACCGCAGGGCCAAGUGGCGGAAAAGGGAGAAGUGUUGGGGUCGCAGCAGUGUGAUGGCGGAGUACGGCCUGUACGGAGCCAUGGUCCGUCACUCCAUCCCCCUGCCCGAGUCCAUCCUCAAGUCUGCCAAGGACGGCGUCACAGACUCUUAUGCUCCGUGGUUACUGGGUAUGCACAAGAAGUCAGUGGAAACCACGCACACUUCUCCAGGCAAAACUAGCAGCACAACCCCAACACCAGCACAGGAGAAACCAGUUGACAGAGAGAUGGAGGAAGAGAUGGAGCAAGAGAGGAAAGACACUAACUCCCCAAUUUCUAAAGAGGAACUGAGGGAGAACAGUAUUGCUGCACUGCGAGCGAAGGCGCAGGAGCACAGCGCUAAGAUGCUCGGGACAGUUUCAAACAGAACAAACGGCCACAUAACGCACAAAGAGGAAGCUGACGAUCAUGUGACAGAGCAGGAAACAGCAGAGGAGGAGAAGAGAAACUGAACAGGGCUGCAGGAUACAGACUAAUGGUGAAAUCCCUGCAAAGUGGAGUUUGCAAACACUUCUCAAAGGGAGAGGUCUUCUUUUAUUGACUGAGCUGAACCUCAGCGGGGGGGUGGGGGGGGGGGGGGUGGACCACACACAUGGAGUCACCCAUAACCUUGUUAAAUAAACCACUCAACUUAUACUGUAAAUCAAACCUGCAGUUCAAAUAUUAUGAUUGGAAAUACAUAAAAAGAAAAAUGUUUACCCAGAGAUGAUUUCUUCCUCACUGCUCAUAGAAAUGAAUGUACAGGUAACAAAAACUGUAAAAUACAGUUUUAUGUCAUUGAAAGGGACUGAAGGACGCUUAAACACUGGGAUGUUCUCACAUGGAGCUGCAUUAAAAAAAAAAAAAAGAUAUAUAUAUAUUUUAUUUUCUUUAAAACAUAUUGUGGACCUUACAGUUCUGUGACACGGCAGCUUUCAUUUAACUUGUGUUGAAACCCUCAUAUCAGUGAGCAUGUUGAGCCUCUCCACCUGCUCCAGAGGUGUUCAUUAGGAGCUGACUGUGACCUCUGACCUCCUCGUGAUGACAGAUUUUAGCUGGGAUGACUGAAAAACACAGUUAAG